AUGGAACUACUUAGUUACUUAAUUAAUGAUUGGCAAGCAUUGCUUAAAAUUAUUCUUUCUGAUGUGAUCUUAUCAGUAGACAAUGCUUUAGUUAUUGCAAUGGUGUGUGCUGGAUUAAAACCAGAACAUCAAGGAACAGCAAUGAAAUGGGGUAUGUCUGUUGCUGUAUUGGCAAGAAUUUUAUUCCUACUUAUUGCAUUUAUCUUAGUGCAAAUCCCAUUCUUGAAAAUCUUAGCUGGUCUUUGGUUAGUGAAAUUGGGGUAUGAAAUGAUGAACAAUCAUGGAGGGGAUGAAAGUCUUGAACAGAAAAGUGACUUAAAAAGUGCAAUUAUUGCCAUUGUAUUAGCAGAUGUUGCUAUGUCUCUAGAUAAUGUUCUUGCAGUAGUUGGUGCAAGUGGUGAAGGACAACAUGUUCUGUAUAGUUUUGAAUUGUUUGGAAAAGUAUUUGAAAUCUCUGACAGCUAUCCUUUAGCAAUUGUUGGUGUAUUAAUCUCUAUCCCAAUCUUACUAUUUGCAUCUAAAGCAUUGAUGAAAUUAGUUGAGAAAUACCCAGUAUUAAAUGUAAUUGGUGCAUUAGGAAUUACAUUCAUUGGUGUUGAAAUGGCAAUUAAAGAUAAUGCUUUCAAAGGUUUUAUUGAGAACUUGGCAACACAAAUAAGCUUAACUUCUAAUACAUUUGUAACUUUUGCUGGACUUGCAAUCACUGGACUGUUAUAUUUACUAUUCAAGUUGAUUGGAAAGAAACUGAAUUAA